AUGUGCCUAUCAAGAAAAAGGAGGAAUGCACAUGUUCAAAACACAAAAUACGGUCCGGCUGGCUGUGGAGAGAGUCGGCGGACCUACCAAGGCUUCGAACGCCUGCGGCGUAUCCAACGCCACCAUCUUCAACUGGAUAAACCGGCAGCACGUCCCCAAUAUCGACAAGGCCAAGCUCCUGGCGACGCUCGCAAGCGUUGA